UCAGUUGAUUCACGCCACUGAAAGACAGCGGUCAGCAAACAAGUCAGCAAGCAGCAGCAGCAGAGAGACAGAGAUACAAAAGUAUCUGACGGAUACGGCGUAGUCGCAGUCCAAAACUGGCUAUUGCCAUAUACGUAACACCUAUUUAAUGCAUUCAGCUCAUUUUCGCUGAUUUAAAUAGCAAAACCACAAAACACACGCCAAGCAGUUAGUCUGUUUGCUCGUCGAAUCGGAGAGACAGCUGCUGUGUUGUGUCUCUUACAUUAUUGUCGCAGUUUCGUUUGUUGCAUUGCCACAGCAACAUUAACAGCAGACAAGCAAAAUAGGAGAGAAGAACGCAAGAUGGGUCUGUCGGACACUACAGUGAAGCAUCUGCUGCUUUUACUCAACUUUGUGUAUGCGGUGCUUGGAUUGGCUCUUGUUGCUUUUGGCAUAUAUUUUCUCGCAUAUGUGACGUAUUCAGUCAGCAUCGGAGAGAAUGUGGCUGGCGGUCUGAUAAUCGGCUUGGGUGUCGUCAUAGUGAUCAUUGCGGUCUUUGGCUGUUUGGCCGCCAUACACGAGGCGCCAAGGCGACUGUUGAUUUAUGUGGUGGCAAUUGUGGUGCUCAUACUCGUACAGCUGAUGUUCCUCAGCAUGAUAUCGCAUGGCACCAAGGAUGGGCUCUCUGGCAGCAUCAACGAAGGCUUUGAGAAGUUGUGGGAUGCUGAGCGCAAUGAAACUGGCGCCUUGCAAUACUAUGAGACCUGGCUGCACUGCUGUGGCGUCAACAAUGCCGAGGACUAUGCGGUCAUACAUCACGCUGUGCCCAAGAGUUGUUGCAUUGACCUCAAGUGCGUCGACAGUUCCAGCAUCUACAAAGUUGGUUGCAAGUCGCAGUUCGUGGAGUACUUGGAUGACAGGCUUUUGGUUUUCAAGAUUGUCUGUUGGCUGUUGGUUCUGAGCGAGGCUGUUGGCGCCUUCUUUGGCUGGCUGCUCUUAACUGGACUGAAGAACCAAGAUCGGCGCAAUAAUGCCGGCUGGAUGUAAAUUAAUUUAACACUAGAAUUUAAGUAUUAUUUAUAUUAAAAUACACUAAUAUUUAAUUGUUUUAUAAUUAAACCAUAUAGUACAUUGAAACAUUGUUAU